AUUAAUUAAUUAAUCCAUUCCAGAGCGAGCAACAACAAGAACGAACACACAAACGCAAAGAAGAAGAAAAAACGAAGCGCGAAAGAGAAGAAAGAAAAAAGAAAAGAAAAGAAAAAACCCACUGUUACUAAUUACCCUAUUAUUCAUUCAUCAAUUUUCAUCUCGCGAUAAAUUCACACUUCUCGAUCUCAUUUCUUCUCAAUCUCGUAGAUUCAUCACCACCAUCACCACCACAACGCUUCUUCUCCGAUCUAUCUCUUUCAUUUUAUCGGGUUUUUGAUUUUGCGAGCAUUAAGAAGAGGUGAAGAAUUUGCAGCAUGAGCAUCAAUAGUCCUGGAGAAAGGGAGAGUUAGGGUUUUCUAACGUUGAAGGUGAGAUUUCCAUGGGCGAUGGAGGUGUCGCAUGCAUGCCUUUGCAGUAUAUUAUGGAGAAGUUAUCGAGUUCAGAGAAAACGCAUUGCGGAGGCAGUAAUGGGAAUGGCUUCAACUCCAAGUUGCUUAAGUUUUCUGAUAGUGAAAGGAAGAAUAUGAAGUCGAGGAAGAGUGAAUUAGGGUUGGAUAGAGUGAGUAAAAGGAGUAGUGGUGAUUUUGAGAAUGGUGAAAUGAUAUGUGGUGAUAAGGUGUUGAAGGAAGAAGUGGAAGAAGGUGAGUUGGUUACUACUACUUCCAAGUGGCCUAGAAGUGAAAUUGAAGUUGAAAAUGGAGAGUUUUUGCCGGAGAUGAAUUUGAUGCCGAGACGAAGUGAGAUUGAGAACGGGGAUAGAUGGAAAUCAAGGGAGUUUGAGAAGGGAGAGAUUCAUUCUUGGAAGUGGAGAAGAGAUGAUGUGGAAAGAGGGGAGAUAGUUUCUGAGAAGGGUAGGAGAGGAGAAAAUCAAUAUGGACCAUGGAGAGGUAUGAAUCAUGAUGUUGAGAAGGGAGAAUUUGUUCCGGAUAGAUGGUAUAAGGGUGAAAUGGGGAAGAAUGAUUAUGGUAGCAGCAGUAACCGAAGACAUUAUUCAGGUAAGGACAAAGGGUGGAAAUUUCAACGCGAACGUACUCCACCACCUUCUUGGAGAUAUACAGGUGAAGAUUCUUUUAGGAAGAAAGAGUUCAUUAAUAGAAGCGGGAAUCAGCAAGCGAAAAAUUCUCCCAGGUGGGAGAAUGCACAGCAGAGGAAUGUAAGGAUCAGUUCAAAGAUUGUAGAUGACGAGAAAAAUGUUUAUAACAAUGGUAAGGAUCAUACACGAGAUUACACUUCUUCUGGAAGUCGCUUGAAGAGGCUCGGUAAUGAUUUUGACAGCUAUGAGCGGAAGCAUUCUGCAGAUUUUACAAGUUUAAAAAGUCGAAGGCUUUCUGAUGAUAGCUAUCGCUGUGGUUAUUCAGAGAACUAUUCUCGUCGCCCUGAGGAACAGUCUUAUAGAAAUAAUAAUUCUACUAGACUAUCUGCUGAAAAGUAUUCUUCUAGAAAUCAUGAAUCUUCUUUGUCUGCAAGACCAGCUUAUGACAGGCAUGAACGCAGUCCUGUUCAUUCUGAGUGGUCCCCACGUGACCGAAGCAGGUAUUAUGAUCAUAGAGACCGCACUCCAGUUCGCCGAUCACCCUUUGGUCGUGAGAGAUCUCCAUAUAGCCGGGAGAAAUCCCCCCAUGGUCGGGAGAGAUCUCCCCAUGUUCGGGAGAGGUCCCCAUAUACGAUGAGCUGGGACAGAAGUCGACAGCAUGACCAUAAGUUGAAAACUCCAGCACGCACCGAGCAGUCACCCCAAGAUCAACGUUGGCGACAGCAUGAUCAUAAGUUGAAAAGUCCAGCACGCACCGAGCAGUCACCCCAAGAUCAAGGAUGGCGACAGCAUGAUCAUAAGUUGAGAAGUCCAGCACGCACUGAGCAGUCACCCCAAGAUCAAGGUUGGCGACCGCAUGAUCAUAAGUUGAGAAGUCCAGUACGCACCGAGAAGUCGCCACAAGAUCAAGGUUGGCGUCAUGAUCGCAGGGAUUUGACUCCAAAUUUAGUGGAACAAUCCCCCCUUGAUCGAACUAGGAAAGAUGUUCAUGAAGAAACAAGUUGCAAAACCUCAUCAAGUGAAACGCAUAACUCCCCAAAUAGUUGUAAGAGUGAUGAAGAUAAGCACAUUCAAAGGGAGUCAAAUUGUUCAGUUACAGAAUCUCAAGGUGAAAGAAACAUCCAAAACAUCAAUGAGUCAAUUGAGAAAGAUAUUAGUAGUAGUCAACCUGUUGACGUUGAGGAACAGCAGUCCUGUAGCCCAACUGUUAACAAGAAAGAAUCUCCUCACUGUGAGCCACAACCACCUCCUGAUGAGCUGCUUUCAAUGGAAGAAGAUAUGGACAUUUGUGAUACCCCUCCUCAUGUCCCUAUGGUGACAGAUUUGUCAUCAGGGAAAUGGUUUUACCUUGACUAUGAAGGUAUAGAAAAUGGGCCUGCUAAAUUGUGUGACAUCAAGGUCCUUGUUGAUGAAGGGGUACUAAUGUCAGAUCACUUUAUCAAGCACUUGGAUAGUGAUAGAUGGUUAACAGUUGAAAAUGCAGCGUCACCAUUGGUUGCUCAGAGUUUUCCUUCAAUUGUGUCAGAUACAAUAACUCAGCUUGUAAAUCCUCCGGAAGCUUCUGGUAAUCUUUUGGCCGAUACUGCAGAUAUUCAAUCUGGUCCUGAGAAUCAUCCGGAAAUGCUGGCCCCCACGCGGCCACACAUACACCCUAAUGAGAGUGUGCUUACGUCUGAACGUUUGGACAACUUCUACAUUGAUGAAAGAGUUCAAAAUCUGUUGGAGGGUUAUGAUGUCAUUCCUGGGAUGGAACUUGAGGCAGUAAAAGAAGCUUUGCAAAUGAAAUUUGAAUAUGUGAAAGAGGAAGGAUUAGGAGACUAUGAAGGUUUUCCUUGGCAUGUUUCCUGCAAUAGGGAAGAUUGUGAUUCAAGUACUGAUUUAGCAUCAAGAGAUUCUGAAUCUCAGAUAAGUAUAUCUUUUGACAACAAGGAUAAUGGACUUGGCAUUGGCAUUCCUAAUGAUUGGUUUUCCACUCGUUGGUCAUGCAAAGGUGGCGACUGGAAGAGGAAUGAUGAUGCCCAAGAUAGAUCUUCUAGGAAAAAACUUGUUCUAAAUAAUGGUUUUCCAUUGUGCCAUAUGCCAAAGUCUAGAUGUGAAGAUCCUCGAUGGCCUGAAAAAGAUGACUUGUAUUUUCCUUCUCAAAACAGGAGGCUUGAUCUCCCUUUGUGGGCUGUUGGUGUUGAUGAGUGGGUUGAUUGCAAUGCUGCAAGUAGGUCAGUACAAAGUAAGCCUCCUUUUGUCAAAGGAGUGAAAGGUAAUGUUCUUUCGGUGGUAAGAAUAAAUGCAUGCGUUGUCAAUGACCAGGGAUUGUUGCUCUCUGACUCACGCCACCAGACCCGAGGCAAGGAUAGACAGCAUCCAAGGUCAACUCGGCCAUUCACUUCAACCAGCGAUAGUAGGAGAUCAUCAACUGAAGAAGAUUCUCAGUCAAAAUCAGUUAGUGAUCAGGGUUCUUACCAAAGCACGGAGUUCAUUAGUGUCCCUAAAGACCAUCUCUGUACUAUCCAGGAGUUGCAGCUACAUUUGGGUGACUGGUAUUACAUUGAUGGUUCUGGGCGUGAGAAAGGGCCUUCAUCAUUUUCAGAGCUACAAUAUUUAGUAGAUCAAGGAAUUAUAAAAAGGCAUAGCAGUGUUUUUAGGAAAUGUGAUAAACUCUGGGUUCCUAUUGCUUCUGCCGCAGAAACUUCAAAUGUCUGCCACACGAGCCACCAAAAAAGCAGUUCAACGUUGGGUGCAUGCUCUGAUCAUCUGUCAAAGCAAACUCAAGGUGUUUUCUAUGAUGAGUUUCACACAAGUUCAAGUUUGUUUAACAGAAUUCACCCUCAAUUUGUUGGUUUUACUCGUGGGAGGCUGCAUGAACUGGUUAUGAAAUCAUACAAGAGCCGGGAGUUGGCCGCUGCUAUAAAUGAGGUUUUAGAUCCUUGGAUCAAUGCAAAACAACCGAAGAAAGAUAUUGAGAAACAGAUAUAUUGGAAAUCAGAAGGCGACACACGAGCUGCCAAAAGAGCCCGGAUGCUGGUUGAUGAUAGUGAAGAAGACAGUGGUUUGGAAGAUGAUGUUACCAUUGACAAGAAUGAACCCACUUUUGAGGAUCUAUGUGGUGAUGCUACUUUUCCCAAAGAAGAAGUUGGUAUCGCUGAUUCUGAAGUUGGAAGCUGGGGCUUAUUGGAUGGUCCAGUUUUGGCACGGAUUUUCCACUUUUUGAGAUCUGACUUUAAGUCCCUUGUAUUUGCAUCAAUGACCUGCAAGCAUUGGAGUGCUGCUGUAAGGUUUUACAAGGAAGUUUCAAUACAGGUCAAUUUGUCAUCCUUAGGGCAUUCUUGCACUGAUACUGUGUUGUGGAACAUUAUGAAUGCUUAUGAGAAAGCCAAGAUCAAUUCUAUAAUUCUAAUGGGCUGUAACAAUAUUACGGCUGACAUGCUUGAGAAACUUCUUCUUUCAUUUCCCGGUUUAUGUACCAUAGACAUCAGAGGAUGCAGCCAGUUUGCUGAGCUAACUCCUAAGUUUACCAAUGUGAAAUGGAUCAAUAGCAGAAGUUCACGCAAGGAUAGAAUUGCAGAGGAGCCUCAUAAAAUUAGAAGCCUUAAACAUAUUACAGAGCAAGCUUCGUCUACUUCCAAAUCCAGCAAUUUAGGAAUGGAUGAUUUUGGUCAGUUGAAGGAGUAUUUUGAAAGUGUUGAAAAGAGAGACUCAGCAAAGCAAUUAUUUCGUCAAAACCUAUACAAGCGGUCCAAACUUUAUGAUGCCAGAAAGUCCUCUUCCAUUCUAUCUAGGGAUGCUCGUACAAGGCGUUGGGCAAUUAAGAAGUCUGAAAGCGGUUUUAAGAGGAUGGAAGAAUUCCUUGCUUCAAGACUAAAGGAAAUCAUGAAGUCAAACUCCUGUGACUUCUUUGUGCCCAAGGUUGCAGAAAUUGAGGCCAAAAUGAAAAGUGGUUAUUACAGUAGCCAUGGAUUGAGCUCUGUCAAAGAGGACAUAAAUAGAAUGUGCCGUGAUGCAAUGAAAUUGAAAAAUCGGAGUGAUGCUAGUGACAUGAAUCAACUUGUCACAUUAUUUCUUCAGCUGACAACACAGUUGGAAGCAAGUUCUAAGAAUGUGCACGGUAGAGACGUCCUACUGAAGUCAUGGGACAAUGACUUGCCACCAAUGUUAAGCUCUACUUCCUCGAAGUAUAAGAAAAGUAGAUUAGUGAAUGAAAGGAAGUACAGGAGUAAUGGAAAACAUAAUGUUUUGGACCAUGUAGAGUAUACCUCUGAUAGAGAAAUUAGGAGGCGCUUAUCAAAGUUGAAUAAGAAAUCCAUGGACUCAGAGAGUGAAACAUCUGAUGAUCUUGAUAGGUCUUUUGAAGAUGAAAAGAGUGACAGUGAUACUACGGCUGAGUCUGAAAGUGACCAUGAAGUACGUUCACAAAUUAUGGUUAGGGAGCCAAGAGGGGAUGGAUGCUUCUCACCAGAGGAAGAGUUGGAUUUUAUAACUGAUGACCGGGAGUGGGGUGCUCGAAUGACGAAAGCAAGCCUGGUUCCUCCAGUUACCAGGAAAUAUGAAGUCAUUGAUCAUUAUUGCAUUGUAGCUGAUGAGGAGGAGGUGCAGAGGAAGAUGCGGGUUUCAUUACCAGAUGAUUAUGCAGAGAAGCUGAGUGCGCAAAAGAAUGGCACAGAGGAGUCAGAUAUGGAACUUCCCGAAGUCAAAAGUUUCAAACCUAGGAAGCAGCUUGGAGACGAGGUUAUUGAGCAAGAAGUUUAUGGAAUUGAUCCUUACACACACAACCUUUUGCUUGAUUCUAUGCCAGAGGAGCUAGAUUGGUCUCUGCAGGAGAAGCAUUUGUUUAUAGAAGACAUGCUCCUUCGAACAUUGAAUACGCAUGUUAGGAGCUCUACUGGAACUGGAAAUACUCCAAUGAGCUACCCUUUGCAGCCUGUUAUUGAUGAUAUUAAAAGACGUGCUGAAGAAGGUUGUGAUACAAGAAUGAUUAGAAUGUGUCAAGGUAUUCUAAAGGCCAUCGACAGUCGUCCAGAUGACAAAUAUGUAGCUUAUAGAAAGGGGCUUGGUGUUGUUUGCAACAAGGAAGAAGGCUUCUCUCAAGAUGAUUUUGUUGUGGAGUUUCUGGGAGAGGUUUAUCCUGUGUGGAAGUGGUUUGAGAAACAAGAUGGGAUUCGAUCUCUGCAGAAAGAUAGUACAGAUCCAGCACCAGAAUUCUACAACAUCUACCUUGAGAGACCAAAGGGCGAUGCUGAUGGGUACGACUUAGUUGUCGUUGAUGCCAUGCACAAGGCUAAUUACGCCAGUCGAAUAUGUCAUUCUUGCCGACCCAAUUGUGAAGCCAAAGUCACUGCUGUUGAUGGUCAGUAUCAAAUUGGUAUUUAUAGUGUUCGUAAAAUUCAACAUGGCGAGGAGAUCACAUUUGAUUACAAUUCUGUUACUGAGAGCAAGGAGGAGUAUGAAGCAUCAGUUUGUCUGUGUGGAAGCCAAGUAUGCCGUGGGAGCUAUCUGAAUCUGACUGGUGAAGGGGCUUUUCAAAAGGUUCUGAAGGACUCGCAUGGAAUUCUUGAUCGGCAUUAUUUGAUGCUAGAAGCUUGUGAAUCAAACUCUGUGUCUGAAGAGGACUAUAAUGACCUCGGAAGAGCUGGUUUAGGAAGUUGUUUGCUUGGGGGCUUGCCAGAUUGGCUUGUUGCCUAUGCAGCUCGCCUUGUGAGAUUCAUCAAUUUUGAAAGAACUAAACUUCCCGAAGAAAUUCUGAAGCAUAAUCUGGACGAAAAGAGAAAAUAUUUUUCAGAUGUAUGUCUUGACGUUGAAAGAAGUGAUGCUGAGGUUCAGGCGGAGGGAGUGUACAACCAAAGACUUCAGAAUCUUGCUGUCACUCUGGAUAAGGUAAGGUAUGUUAUGAGAUGUAUUUUUGGUGAUCCGCGGAAAGCACCACCUCCUCUCGAGAAGCUCAGUCCUGAAGAAGUUGUUUCGUCUCUCUGGAAAGGAGAGGGCUCAUUUGUUGAGGAACUUCUUCAGUGCAUAGCUGCUCAUGUAGAAGAAGGCAUCUUGAAUGAUCUCAAAUCCAAAAUCCAUGCUCAUGAUCCUUCAAGUUCGGCAGAUAUUCAGAAAGAGCUUCGGAAAUCUCUAUUAUGGUUGAGGGAUGAGAUUCGAAGUCUUUCUUGUACAUAUAAAUGUCGGCAUGAUGCUGCUGCUGACUUACUCCAUAUUUAUGCUUAUACCAAGUACUUCUUUAGAAUACAGGAAUAUCAAACCAUUACUUCACCGCCUGUCCAUAUUAGUCCACUUGACUUAGGCCCCAAGUAUACUAACAAGUUGGGAGCAGAGAUUCAGGAGUACCGAAAGGUAUAUGGUGAAAACUAUUGUUUAGGGCAGCUGAUUUUUUGGCAUAAUCAGAGUAAUACAUAUCCAGAUCAGAGCUUGCUUAGAGCAAGCAGGGGGUGUUUGUCUUUACCAGACAUCAGUUCCUUUUAUGCCAAGGCUCAGAACCCAUCACAGAAUCGUGUUUAUGGUCCAAGGACUGUCAGAUCUAUGUUGGCAAGAAUGGAGAAGCAGCCCCAGAGAUCUUGGCCCAAAGAUCAGAUAUGGUCGUUUAGAAGUUCUCCGAAAUUCUUUGGCAGCCCAAUGUUAGAUGCUGUAAUAAAUAACUCUACACUGGACAGAGAGAUGAUUCAUUGGCUGAAGCAUAGACCUGAAGCCAUGUGGGACCGUUAAAUUCUUGCAUUUUCACGGAGGAAGUGGACAGAGACUUCCUGGUGAAACAACUAUUAUCAAAUAUGGAACGGUUCAUCAUUCAGAGCUACCCGCCUCUUUUAGAGUGGGGUUCUGUAAUUAUUAACCCAAGGCGUUUUCCCAUGUGCCGCUUUUCAGUCAUUCUUGUGUACAGUUUUCUUGACCAUUGGAUUCUAAUUCAUUUGAUUGUAGGGUAUUGUUUACUCCUGUGUAAUAUGAAAUGAUAGUUAGGAAGGGAAAAAAAAAAGAGGCUAAUUCAAGGCCUUGCUGUGUUAUCAUCUAGUUGUUAACUAGGACAAUGUUUUAUAUGAUAAAAUGUGCAAUGUAGUUUUCUUGAUGAAUGAAUGGUCUCAGAGUACUAGAACUAGAAUGGAUUUGGUAUUAGUUUCAUAAAAAAAUGAGGUGGAGUUGCUUUAUGUUUUC